AAUUCAAUCAAGUCAACUCAUCAGUGUCGAUGAAGACAGAAGCGCCUUGAUAUCCGUCAGGUCUGGACUAAUGUGGACUGGAUUUCACUUUACAUCAUUCUGAAGUGAAUAUAAUCGCAGUGACAUGCUCACAUCUUUCUCCUCCACCUCCUCCGUUAUCCGCCGGUCACCCACAUGAGCGCGAGACCGCGAGGACGAGGAGGAGAGCGCGCGCGCUCGGAGAUUACUGCAUGAGGGAAGUCAAAGCGGAGAGACCGGAGGGAUAAACAUACAAGAAAACACGAAUUCCGAACAUGCCGCUGGUAAUAUCGUGUUAAAGAUGGAUGUAUUCUGAGAAUAGAAGAAAGAAAGAAAGAAAUCAGGACGCGCGAACAGAGCGCGCGCUUGCAUCAAAACACCAAGUGAGCGCGAGCAGAAGACAAAUUCACCCGAAAAAAACCUUCACAGAUUAGAUAUUUGCUUUGCUUUCAUAAGCGUGGACGUACCGUAGAUCCAGGUGUGUUAGGAUGCCAAUCCCCAAUCUUUCCGGUUAAACGGAGAACACUGUUCUGUCGUGUCACUGGAGAAGCAGCGCACACACACAAGCUGAAGAUCAAGUACAGCAUGGGAGCCAACAGAGCCAGCAGGUACAGCAUUGUGUCUCCUGAUGAGGAGGGACUGAAGAUCUCCACCCUCGGCCUCUACAACGGCCACUGCUCCGGACGGCUUCACUCCCCUGGAGCAGAGGUGGGUUCGAACAUGGCAUCAGAGCUGAUGAGGACCGGCUACAAUGGGAAGAUCUCCACAUCAGGCCAAGGCCAGCUACGCUCCCGCUUCGUCAAGAAGAACGGCCAGUGCAACGUGGUCUUCGCCAACAUGGACGACAAGCCAUGGCGGUACCUGGCAGACAUCUUCACCACAUGCGUGGACAUCCGUUGGCGGUACCUGCUGAUGGUCUUCUGCUCCACCUUUCUGCUGUCCUGGCUCGUGUUUGGCCUGAUCUUCUACAGCAUAUCUUUAGUGCACGGAGACUUCGAGAAAGAUCGCGGAAGCAGCGGAAGGCCAUGGAAACCGUGUUUGCUGCAUGUCGAGGGUUUCGUUGGUGCAUUCCUGUUCUCAAUCGAGACCCAAACCACGAUUGGUUACGGCUGGCGCUGCGUGACCGAAGAGUGUCCGGUAGCUAUCGUAACGGUGGUGGUGCAAUCCAUCGUUGGGUGCAUCAUUGACUCUUUCAUGAUUGGCACCAUUAUGGCCAAAAUGGCACGUCCGAAGAAGCGAAACCAAACCUUGAUGUUUUCGCAUAACGCAGUGAUUGCACUGCGAGAUGGAAAGCUGUGUUUAAUGUGGCGUGUUGGGAACCUUCGGCGGAGCCACAUUGUUGAAGCCCACGUCCGCGCGCAGCUCAUCCGCCCCUAUAUGACGGCGGAGGGCGAGUUCAUCCCGCUGGAACAGAUGGAUUUGAACGUGGGCUACGACGACGGUACAGACCGCCUCUUCCUGGUGUCGCCGCUAGUAAUCGUGCAUGAAAUCGACGAGGACUCGCCUCUGUGGGGAUUGAGCCGCGUGGAUCUCGAGUCUGAUGAUUUCGAGAUCGUAGUGAUCCUGGAGGGAAUGGUGGAGGCGACAGCAAUGACCACACAAACGCGUAGCUCGUACCUUUCUCGCGAGAUCCUAUGGGGUCACCGCUUCGAGCCGGUCAUCUUCGAGGACCGUGACCGCUACCAGGUCGACUACACACACUUCCACAAGACCUAUGAGGUUCGCUCAACGCCCACUUGCAGCGCUAAGGAGCUGAGCGAACUGACCGGACACCGUUCAUCUGGGACGUCCCGCUCCGUGACGCCAUCUCAGACGUUUCUCCCACCGCACUCGCCCAGUGCCUUCUGCUACGAGAACGAGGUGGCGCUGUGCUGCGGAGAGGACGACGAGGACCGGAAAAUGUUCCAGGAUUCGUCCACAAUGACCUCCGGAAACAACAUGCUCUGUGUACUAGACAUGGACAAUCAGAUCGGGUUUGACAUCCUGCAGACUGCCAUCCCAGUCCACCCCAUGACCUAUAAGAGCGAAUCUGAGAUAUGACCUUCUCACAAGUACAUCCAUUUAUUU